AAGACGCGUGACGAAUAUAUAGGAGACACUACAAAUUCUGAUUUAGGCAUUGCUUCAUCAAUUUAGAUAUCAGCUCCUCUUUGUACGUCGUCAGUAACGCAUCUCAAGUUUUUCACCAUGGGGGCUUUUUGGGCUCAUCUUCAAGCAGGAUCAAUGUUUAUCAUUCUUUCUCUAUGGUGGACCUAUCACGGAUUCAGAGAACAUAUUCGGUGUGUGUGUCAAGGAAAGGAAUUUAUACCUCAAAUCUACUUCAGGUCAUCAAGAUGCUGUAUGAGGAACAGACGACUACCACCAUUAGAAAUUUGCGGUCGUAUUUUAAUGGCUUUAAUAGGAUUUCUAGGAGAAUUUUUUGAUGAGGGAUUCGGAUUUGAGGAUGAAAAUGGAGAUUUUCGGAAAACCUUAAAUAUGACACAUUGCACUGUGUAUGGAUUAUUCCUUAUACAGGGAGUUGUAGAUUUGAUAUCGUGGAUGCGAUUUCCGGUACCCAAGGACCUCAAUUAUUUAUUAUUCGCCAUUUCCUUCCUCUGGUUUGCAGUAGCUUUUUAUCUCCAUGAACUUCAUGCAGAAAAUAAAAUGCCUUUAGAGCGAAUAUGUCAUCAGCUACAAAUCAUAUCGUUUGUGCCGACUGGUGUUGCCUUUUUGUUUGAAAUGGUUCAUAGAAAGGGAUUCACGACUGUUUUUAUACGUAUGUUAGGAGUGAUGACAAUUGGGACCUGGUUUGUUCAAAUGGCAUUCAUACUCUUCAUACAUGAUGGUCGUUUUCCAGGAAGUGAACCAGCUCCACAAUGGAAUCAAGGGGAUAUGCGGAAUGUUCAUUUUGCCAUGGCAGCUUACGGCGCUCACAUAGCCAUGAAUAUCGUUAUACUGUUAACGUUCUAUCUCUUCCUAGCGUUUGUAUACAGGCGUUUACACGGGUUAGAUUUUAUGCUUGCCGAGGAUAAUGGUAAUACACGAUACAAAGACAUAAAGGGAGGUAAGAAAGCUGUAUAUGACGAGAACAUCAAUUUAUCCUUACUGUGUGAGGAUUAUGAGGAGGACACAGAUUAGACGCUUAUUAGAAAUUUUGUACAUUUUUUUAUAAAUUUUGUACAUUUUCCAUUAUGAUGAUGAUUGGACGUUUAUUUUCCUAUUAUAAAUUAGCUUAUUUAUGAUAAUUAUGUAUGAUGCUGGUGGCAGGAAUAUGAGUUUUCCGUUAUACAUACAUGUAUAGGUUUUUAUCUUGUUUCCGAGGUGUUUAACUAGAUAAUGCGCUAACCUACUGUCCCCAAAGGAGUCGUAGCGGAAGUAUAUUGAUCUAUAUAAAACAGAUUGAUGCUUUGUAGAAAUAUUGUCCAGUAACAGUGACCAGUGAUAUUUAUGGACACAUGGUACAUCGGAUAUUUAUUUAUUCAUACAUUGGCAUUUGGUUUACACACCUACACCCACUUAAACCACCGGAUACCUGUUAAAUAUUUUGCAAAUUAGAACCUAUUUUAUUUGUGUGUAUUUUUUGUUCGAAACAGAUAUAUAACACCAUCGAAACACUCUUAUUCACAACACUAUUAUCAUUAUAAUAAUUUCUUUAUUUCAAUAUUUAAACAUAAAUAAGUACAUCUAAGCAAUUUAUUUGUACGUUACAAAGGCAGUACUGGAUAUUGUCUAUUUAUUUGCGCCCAAUAAAACUUACUUAAAAAUACUAAAUGUCAGUCAAUGAGGGAGACGCUGUAUCAACUGUUCUUUUUUCGGGAGCUAUGCUUUCAUUUACGUAACAGCGUGACAAAUAUGAACUUCCGAUCAUUCACAUUUUGUAUACUGGCUAUUUAGGUUUUUUUUAGAGAGAGAGAUUACAUUGCUGGUUGGGGGAGGGGUAUCUGACAAUAGGGACGAGGGAGAUCAUAGGGGUAUCACUAUUAAACUGUUUAUUUAUUUCUCUCUGUGCAUUCUAUAAAAGUACAAUGAACUCUUAUGAGAUCGUGACCUAUUGCAGCAUCGCAUUGGGCUGUAUUAUGACAUCUUGACCUACUGCAGCAUCGCAUUGGGCUGUAUUAUGACAUCUUGACCUAUUACAGCAUCGCAUUGGGCUGUAUUAUGACAUCUUGACCUAUUACAGCAUCGCACUGGGUUGCAUUAGACUAUAUUGUGAACCUUGACCUAUUACAGCACUACAUCGGGCGGUAUUAUAACAUAUUGACCUAUUAUAUCAUUACACAUAUUACAGUAUAUUUACAUUAUUAGAACGUUUUCUAUUUUACUUAUUACUUAAUUGCAAUGGUUGAGGUCCGAAUAAAAUAUUGAAUUUAGAAUUUUGGUGGGCCGUAUACAGAUAAAGUAGAUUGCGCGGGUGGUUGGGGACCGGGGGACACAUUGUUCGGUAAUGACAAACCAUGUAUUUUAAAACUGAAACCAGAGGUCAAUUUCAUCAAUUAGUUUUGUUCUAUUUAUAUAUAAUUAUAAACAAUGGAUAAAUAAAUGACCCGCACGUAAAACAUAUUUUUUGAUUAAACUGUUAACCUCGGAAGGCAGCGCUGACUCGCGUACCGACCUCAACUAAAGCUAUAACAUUCUCCUAUGAUUUAAUUACACAAAUGGGGUGAAUCCAAAGUAGCUUGUGGCAUGCUAGUGUGCCCCUGCCCUUAGCUCGUGCAAGUUUCCCGUGUUUUAAAAUGUGCCUUAAUAGGACAGUGACACUAUCUACAAGGGGUUAAAACGUUAUCGAGGACAAAGGUAAAAUGUAAUUUGUUAGCCAAGUUUCAAAAAACGUUGCUAUAUCUUUUUCCCUGAAUAUCAUAAUUUAUAAUAAGGAAACGCAAAGUCUGUGAUGUUAACUUGUUUCUUGUAAUACUAGUUGUUGUCUGAAGCCCCUAUCCCGUAAUGUCAACAGUUGAAAAACAAGUUGAAGCAGUAAUUAUCUCACGCUUUGCUGGACACCUUAUUGAAUGUCAAAACUUAGGAUUAUAGUACCUUAGGCUAAAAAUAUAACCUGUGUUUACGGUUACCUGAUCGACCCUAUUUUGUUUAGCCCUAGUCGUCGACCCAAAACCUUUUUUUUCUCAAUUACUAGGACACAUACAUCGGUCCUGACGUGGUUUUGUGCAUACACUGAACUUACGGUAUGAUUACAGCAGGAAUCAGUAAAUUACUCAGUAAUAUAGCUAGAAAUGCUAAGAAAUAAAUAAUACACACUUUGCCUACUUAAAAUGACACCACAAAGGCUAUAGGCUGCUAGUAUGGAUAUAGUAUAUGUAAAGAUUAAUCUAUUAGUUCACUGAUUGCUAUCCAAUCUUAACCCAAGUAGCUGUAAACACAAGUAUUUUUUUUUAUCCGACCUUGCUUAGCCAUUGGACUAUAUUAUAGCAUCUUUUGUGUCUACUUCUUCAAAGCAACGGAAACUAUUCUGACAACUUACCUAUAACUUCAGAUAUAAUAAAUGGUUUACAUUACUUUAUUUAUUAUUAUACCUAUAACUUUAUAUAAGUGGGAAAUCUGAAAAAUAAUUUUGUUACCGCGGUCUCCCUAAUAUAUAUAUGAAAACACACACAAAACACAAGACGCUUGAAACAAAUGACUUUUAUGUCAGUCAUAAAGUGAUGUUGUGUUCCUAGAAAUUACCAAUAAAUGAUAUAAAUUAUAUAAAUGAUUCAUAAAUAAGAAAAAUAUAACAAAGACCAAAUAAUAAAUUUAUUUCUUAAAGGGGAAGGUUACUCGUUGUCAUUUUGUUGGAUUCGUACACUGAAAAAUAAAUUGAAAGUUGAUAAUAUAUCUUAAAACCCCCAAAAAUGGCAAUCAGUAACCAUUCCCUUUAAAUUAUCUACAUUAAAUACAAAUUAAACUUACACAAAUAGUACGUUAACUAUUACCAUAUACACAAAUGUCUCUAAAUUAUACAAAGCACACAAGUUUACCCGAUGUAAUAUCAUUGAUUAAGAUGCACUGCAAACAGAAAGUGUUAAAUACAACAACCAGUGGAUGCUAAAUUGCCAGAUAAACGAAAUUUAGUCAGUCUUGUUAAUAAUUAUGGCGACGUAUAUACAGAUUAUAUUUCUGACAUUAUUAAUUUACUAGAAGCCAUUACUGUAUGUGUGCCUAACACAUCCAUAUCUGAAGGUUGAAUACCAAUAUGUUUUAACAGUUUAACAAAAUAUGGUCCAGAACCGAGGUAUGUUGUGUUUAUCAUAUUACUGACGGAAAUAGAACAUAUUUUUAUUACAAGAUGUUAAUUUUAAAACUUUACAUUUCACAGUGCAGCAUAUCUUGCUUCUUGCAUUAUUUCAGUAAUAGAAACAAUAUAUAAGCAGUCAUGAAUAUGGACUGACCAGAGUUCAUUUUUCACACACAAUAAAUAAGUUAUCCAAAACGGUAUUGAAUUUAGUUAACAAUGCAUGAAAAAUAAAAUGCCCUAACUAUGUUUAGUUGAAUUCCGGAUAAAAUGUUAGAUCGAGUGGAUCUGAACAGCACACACCAGGGUUUAUUGAUGUAAUUUUGUUGAAAAAUAAAUAUCAAUCUUGUGCUAAACUUACAACAAAUAUACAAAACGAUCUUUUGAUCAGAUUAUCAAUUAGAUAACACAACGUAUAUCCGAACGUCUGCCAUCGUACCAAAUAUAAAAUUCCAAUUUGAAUUCUUAUGACGCUAUCAAUGCAGACUCUACUAAUUCCUUAAUAACGUCUGGUGUAUCUGUUGGUACUUGGUCAAUACGUUGUAUGAAAUAAAUACACUUAUUAUAUUACACAGGCCUAUUUACAAUUUUCGUUUCGAAAUCAACACUCGAAUUCGCCUGAUAGUAUAUAUUUCAAACCAUCUUGAGAAAGUGGGUUAUCUCCCUUGACCAGCUUCUCUCAUAAUAUCAGACUCGAAUCUCCCAACAUUUGGUUUAGUUAUAUUGCACAAUUUAAUCACCCGACUUUCACAUCUUUCACAAUUUUACCAAGUCACUUCUUAAAGUGUAUAUCAAAACGAAAAUAUAGAUACUCAACACGAAAAUGUCUGGAAAGUUCCGCGAUCCACAACUCCUAGAUCCAUUUCCGGUCUGAGCUCCUCCGAAUGGAUCUGUGCCCCUUUUAACGUUUGAUGAAUCAGCUGAAAAUAUUAAAUAUAUAUACAUUAAA